GGGCGGGGUCGCUCCUCCCUCGGGUCCGCUGCGAGCCCGCACCUCCCAAUUCCCGGAGCCGAGGAGGGCUAGCGGCGGCUGCCUCCGCUGGGCUCCAGGUUGGGCUGCCGGGCGCUGGGCCAGGGCGGGCGGGAGCGGGGCGACGGCUUGAGCGGAGGGCGGCGGCCUGGGCCCGCCGAGCCAUGGCGGCCCCGGAGCCGGCGCCAAGGCGAGGCCGGGAGCGCGAGCGGGAGCGGGAGGACGAGAGCGAGGACGAGAGCGACAUCCUGGAGGAGAGCCCGUGUGGCCGCUGGCAGAAGCGGCGGGAGCAGGUGAACCAAGGGAACAUGCCGGGGAUUCAGAGCACCUUUCUGGCCAUGGACACCGAAGAGGGGGUAGAAGUGGUGUGGAACGAACUCCACUUCGGGGAUAGGAAGGCCUUUUCGGCCCAUGAGGAGAAGAUCCAGACCAUGUUUGAGCAGCUGGCGCUGGUGGACCACCCCAACAUCGUCAAGCUGCACAAGUAUUGGCUGGACGCCUCUGAGACCCGCGCGAGGGUCAUCUUCAUCACAGAAUACGUGUCGUCUGGCAGCCUCAAGCAGUUCCUCAAAAAGACCAAGAAGAAUCACAAGGCCAUGAACGCCCGGGCCUGGAAGCGCUGGUGUACGCAGAUCCUGUCGGCACUCAGUUUUUUGCACGCCUGCAGUCCCCCCAUCAUCCACGGGAAUCUGACCAGCGACACCAUCUUCAUUCAGCACAAUGGCCUCAUCAAGAUUGGCUCAGUGUGGUACCGCAUCUUCUCCAAUGCACUUCCUGAUGAUCUCCGGAGCCCCAUCCGCGCUGAGCGGGAGGAACUUCGAAACCUGCACUUUUUCCCACCGGAGUAUGGCGAGGUCAAUGAUGGGACUGCAGUGGACAUCUUCUCCUUUGGGAUGUGUGCACUGGAGAUGGCUGUACUGGAGAUCCAAGCCAAUGGGGAUACCAGGGUCACCGAGGAGGCUAUUGCUCGAGCCAGGCACUCACUGAGUGACCCCAACAUGCGGGAAGGCUUUGCAGCACCACUGAGGAGGGAGGAUGUGGUGAUUGGACCCGUGGGGUCUAGGGUCUUCAGGGACCUCUCUAGAGCAAGGAUCUUCCAUCCACCUCCCACCUUUCCUCUCAACCACCUAGGAAUUCAUCCUCUCCUGCCUGGCCCGGGACCCUGCCCGCCGGCCCUCUGCCCACAACCUCCUCUUCCACCGAGUGCUCUUCGAGACCUUAUGCCGGAAAAUGUGGUAGAGGAAAAGACCAAGGCAAUGGACCUGCAUGCCGUCCUGGCUGAGAUGCCCCAGCCCCAUGGACCCCCAAUGCAGUGGCGGUACUCAGAGGUCUCCUUCUUGGAGCUGGACAAAUUCCUAGAGGAUGUCAGGAAUGGGAUCUACCCACUGAUGAAUUUUGCGGCUGCCCGGCCCCUGGGACUUCCCCGCGUGUUAGCUCCACCCCCGGAGGAGGCCCAGAAGGUCAAAACCCCAACGCCAGAACCCUUUGACUCAGAGACCAGGAAGGUGGUCCAGAUGCAGUGCAACUUGGAGAGAAGCGAGGACAAGGCUCGGUGGCACCUCACUCUGCUUUUGGUGCUGGAGGACCGCCUGCAUAGACAGCUGACCUAUGACCUGCUCCCAACCGACAGUGCCCAGGACCUCGCUGCUGAACUAGUGCAUUACGGCUUCCUGCACGAGGACGACCGGACGAAGCUAGCAGCCUUCCUGGAGACCACCUUUCUCAAGUACCGUGGGACACAGGCUUGACCUUCCCAGUCCUGGCAGCCCAGCAGGGAUACCAGGGCUCAGGGUUGUCCACUUGGCAAAGAGCGCCAUACUGCUCAGAGCUGCCUUCUGCCUGUGUUUCCUGGAGCCAAUGAACACAGGCCCUGCUAGUGAAGACACCCCCCCCCCCAGCUUUCUGCAGCAGUGUGGGUCCUGGGGUGGUGAUGGAGUCCCAAGCCUAAAUGGGAGUAGAGGAUACAGGUCAUUUAGGGGAACUUCCCCAUCUGGUAUUGGACAACAGCCAUGCCUUCAGGUGACAUAGAAACCUAGGGAAGGAGCCUGAACUCAAAAGUAAUAGAGCCCCUUCAGGUGUCAAAUGCAAUACUGGGCAUCAGGCAGACCAGACUUGGCUGGAGACUCAGAGGCUAGAGAACUUGGAGUUGGAUCCUUGGUCCCACCCAGAGCAAUCCCAAUCCCAUGCAUACCUGUCCUGAGCUCCCUCUCACUGAUCUUCCACACACUUGAGACCAGGACCUGUGUCCUCCCCAGAGUCCUCCAGCAGGAUCAGCAGGAUCUUUCUGUUCUUCAUUCUUGAACUGCCUGUCUUCCAACUUCAAGUUUAAAGUCUUAAAUGUUUUUUAAAUGUAUGUAUAAAUUUAAUGCACUCAAGUUCCUUCUUAAACAGUUCUUCAUAUACGAAACCAGGAAAGAUCACUACUGUAUUACUAAUAGUUCCACAUUGCUGCUGUCACGUUUGUCACAAACCUAGUGGCUUGAGACAACACUAAUACAGUUCUGUACAUCAGAAGUUUGAUACAGGCUCCCACUAGAUUAAAACCCAGUCAUCUGUGACUGAAGUCCUUUCUGGAAAAGGGGGGUAGAGUGGGGAUGGGGCUCACCUCCUGCUCCUUCAAGCUAUUGGUAGAAUUUACUUCCUUGCCGUGGUAAGGCAGAAAUUCCUACUUUUUUACAGCUUCCAACUAAGAACCCUUCUCAGCUUCUAGAAGCCACCAACUUUUCUUAAUUCUCCUUCCACCUUCAAGACCAGCAGCGUCAGGUUGAAUGUGUGUCAUGGACUAGCUGUCUGGUUUUCCACUGCCUGGAAGGUUGGGGCCUUUUGUGAGUAGGUUGGACCCACCUAGAUAAUCUAGGAUGAUACCCCCUCAGGGCCUGUAGCUGAAUCACACCUACAGAGCACCUUUUGCUACGGAGACUAAUUAUCCUGGGGUUUGGUGCUUAAGAGAAUGGACGUGGGCACACGCAGGGUGGGGGUGUUGCUGUGUUGCCUACCAUACCAUCUUAACCAAAACCAAAACCUAAAAUAAAGCAAAUUUGUCAUGGGACAGCUAAUAAACUGAAAGAACACUGAUUAUGCAUGGUCUGACAUAGUUUAUUUGGAAAAUCCGUAACAGAUUGUACACGUGAUUAAAUUGAACUCA